AUGGAUGAUGAUGUGGAGGGUGUGGUUCGAAUCGGAUCGGUCUUCCCGGAGCUGGCAGAGCUGGAGAAGAUGCCGGCAGACAUCAAGAUGAGGAUCUUGCGCCCGUCGACCAAGUUUGACCUCACUGUCUACUUUAUCUUUAUCCUCGGCUCGUACAUCCUCAUGCGCAUCUUCUACGGCAUUGAUCUCCUCGCUGUCGUCCUCGAGCUGUUCGAGAUCGCUCAGCACUGA